AUGACUACCGACGACAGCAACUUGAUUCUUGUAGUAGGAAGCGCGAACUUUGAUAUGACAUCAACAACCACUGUUUUGCCAACCAUUGGUGAAACAGUGAUGGGAAAAGACUUUGCCACGGCCUGUGGGGGCAAAGGUGGUAAUCAAGCCGUUGCCGCUGCUCUAUGUCAAUUUGCUCCUGUUGAAAUGGUGUGCAGAGUAGGUGAUGACCGCUUUGGUGAGGACCUUCUUUCCAACUUCAAGAAAGUUGGCGUUCAAUACGACGAAGGCAAAACAGUGCUUCCCGGCGUCUCAUCGGGUGUUGCAUCCAUUGUUGUGGACGAAAACUCGGGAGAUAACAUGAUUAUUGUCUCGCCCGGUGCCAACUAUGUGUUGAACAAAGAGGAUGUCCGGGAAGCUGUAUUGAAAGCCAAACCUGCUCAGGUUGUUGUUCAACUUGAAAUAAUUCCCGAAGUGGCUUUGGAGGCUUUGAAGGCUGGAAAAGAAGUUGGUGCAAUGACCAUGCUGAAUACUGCCCCAGCCCCUGAAGGAUGGUCGCUUGAAGAUCCUGGAAAGGAAUUUUACCCAUAUGUGGAUUUGUUGAUCCUCAAUGAGACAGAGCUACAGAAGGUGUGCGGUAGUAACGAGGACGACAAAGAAGAGGAAUUGGCCAAGUCGCUGCUCCCAAAAGUGGGACGUGCAGUAAUUGUAACUCUGGGAUCUCGUGGUGCUAUGGUGGUGGAAAAGCAAGACGAUGGUUUCUCUAUUGAGUAUGCCGAUGCUCCGAAGGAGCUUCCCGCUCGGAAAGAACCAGUGAAAAAUACCGUCGGUGCAGGAGACUCAUUUUGCGGAGCAUUGUCUAGUUAUCUUUCGACUGGACUCUCACUGGCUGAGGCUGCUGGGUAUGCGUGUGGAGUAGCCAGUAUGACGGUUAGAAAGGAUGGUGCGCAAACCAGUUAUCCUUCUUACGAUGAACUCCCUGAGUGUUUGAAGCUAAAAUAA